AUGAAGCUGUCGCAGGUGCUGUCGCAAGCGCACGCGACAGCUGGUUACAAUCGCAACAAGUUCCUCGUUUUCGCGCUUCUCUGCACCAACUGCUUCACCCUCGUCACUCUCUAUGGCACCGUCCCCCGGUUUUCCGGGACCCUGGAUAUUGACGACGCUGCUGACGUGGACCUGCGCAGCAGCAGGGGAAGCGGAGGGGGAAGCGCAUGGGGGGAGGAAGGAGGGGGCGUGCUGGGGAAGGAGCACGGGGGGACGCCCGCGCUGCGCCUCUCCAACGCUACAGAUCGCACGUUCAAGCGAGGUUUCGGCAUGCAGGGCUUUGUGUAUUUCAGCGCAUACCGAAUUUCUGCAAGCCUCUUUGUGGUGAUUGGCCUCUCCCCUCUGCCUCUCCACCGCAACCUCGAUGCAAGAGUGUGCCGCUGGUAUCCUGCCUCGUCAUCCUCCUCCUUCCCUAUCCUCGGCGAAAUCUCGAUAGAAUAUCCCGGCGAGUCGCACGGCAAGCCAUAUGAGGUGGCAAUGCUGUUCUGCCAGCUCAGCAGCCCCGCCCCCGGCACGAGAGAAAGGGGGGGAUGGAAGGGAGAGGGGCGGCGGAGUGCCGGGGGCCAUCUGACGGUUGUGAUCGAACGAGAGGAGAUCUUGAUGCUCGGGGAACCGGCCAAUGAGAAGCUGCCACUCGAGCCAUCAGCCCCCUACGCCAGCAACAUCACCUACUGCUCUUCGACCAUUUACAGCCAGUUCAACUCCCUCAGGGUGCUCGAGUGGGUGCCCUCAGCCCCCUACCCCAGCAGCAUCACCUACUGCUCCUCGCCCAUCUACGGUCAAUUCAACUCCCUGAGAGUGCUCGAGUGGGUGGUAUACCACCAGCAGGGCCGCAGAAUUGUCCCUUUCCCUUCCUUUUUCCUCCCUUUGCCCAUCCCCCAGCCCUCAGCCCCCUACCCCAGCAGCAUCACCUACUGCUCCUCGCCCAUCUACGGUCAAUUCAACUCCCUGAGAGUGCUCGAGUGGGUGGGCCACGGGGUGGACCUGCUGUCCCCACCCUCUCCCUUCCACCCUCCUUUCCCAUUCUCCCCCACCCCCCAGCCCUCAGCGCCCUAUCACAGCAACAUCACCUACUGCUCGUCACCUAUAUACGGCCAGUUCAACUCCCUCAGGGUGCUGGAGUGGGUGGUAUACCACCAGCAGGGCCACGGGGUGGACCUGUUCCACAUGUACGAUGCGGGCGGCAUGGGCGAGCCUAUUAUGCGGACGCUGGCGCCCUUUAUAAGGGCCGAGCAGAUGACUGUAACGGAUGUGACUGAAGUGGACGAGUUUGAGACGUGGUUCGGGCAGGUGCUAGUGGUGAACGACUGUGCCUACCGUUCGCUCUUCACCUCCCGCUGGGUGCUCUUCCUGGACUUGGACGAGUAUCUCUAUGUCUCGCAGCCCCUGGGGUCAUCGCUCAUCACCGCACUAGCUCGCUACGAUCAAGCGGCCUACGUUUCCUUUGGCAGUCUCUACUUUUACACCGACAAGUGCUCGCACUCCAUGAACGUCUCUGCGUCAUCCCCACCCCGCUGGGAGGUGGAGAGGAUGAUAUUCCGCCAGGCAGACGUGCACUGUGUGGCGCCUAAACGAUAUGAAUCCCGCGACCUGUGCCUGGGGUUUGAUGGGCACCGCAAGUACAUUGCUGACCCAAGAAAAGUGAAGCUGUUCGGGGUAAGUUGGAAGGGUUGGGGUGUGUGGUGUGUGAAGGCAGGUGGGAUGGGAGGUGGAGAGGAUGAUAUUCCGCCAGGCCAACGUGCACUGUGUGGCGCCCAAACGUUAUGA